AUGAAGUUCACCACCAUCCUCAGCGUUUUGGCCCUGGCUGCUGCCUCGAGCGUCUCGGCUCUUCCCAGCGACAGCACCGCCAUGCGUGCCCGCAGCAUGGAUGUCAUGGCCCAGUUUGACAGCCUACACAUGCUCGACAAGCGUGCUCUGUCGAACGGCAAGAAGUGCAAGGAGGACUCGCAGUGCGAAUCCGACUUCUGCAAGAACCCGGGCUGGUUCAAGUCCAACGUGUGCGAGGCCAAACUCAAGAACGGCGAGGAGUGCGAUCACGACAAGCACUGCCAUUCCGGCUACUGCAAGAAGACUAGCUUCUGGAGCGCCAAAAAGUGCGAGCACAACAACAUCCCCAACGGCUCGCUUGCCAAGGGUGCAAAGUGCGAUCGAAACGCCGAGUGCAAGAGCCAGAUCUGCGAAAGCGGCCUGAGUUCCAAGUCCUGUGUCACCAAGGAGAACGGCGAGAACUGCUCCGAAAACAACAACUGCGAUUCCGGCUUCUGCUUCAUCAAGCCCACUGGCAACAACCACCGCUGCCUGGCUGUCAACCUUGCCAAGGGCAAGCACUGUGUCAACAACGUGCAGUGCGCUUCGAACAAGUGCAACAACACCUGCGAAUAA